AUGCAGCAACAAUUGACGCUGCUGCAGCAGCAGCAGCAGAAGGCGCUCGUGCCAGAGGCAGCAGCAGCAGCAGCAGCAGCAGCUAGCCGAACACCAAGUAGCGACAGCAACGGUCAAGGGGCUCCCUUUGCGUCUCUGUACCGCGCAGCAGAGGAGCAGCAGCAGGAAGGCGUAGCAGCAGCAGCAGCAGCGGGGGACCCUAUGCAGCUGCAGCUCGACGGUGUAUGUACACCGGAGCCUUCUCCAGCAGCAGCAGCAGCAGCAGCAACCACUCCAACUCCUGCUGCUGCUCCCACAGCAGCAGAUUCAGCUGUGCAGGCAGCGGCCUUUGCGUCGGCGAAAUCCAUAAAGGAGGAGCAGCUGCAGGGGCAGCUGCAGCAGCAGCAGCUGCAGGAGCAGCUGGAACAGCAGCAGCAGCUGCAGCAGCAGCAGCUGCAGCAGCAGCAGCUGCAGCAGCAGCAGCUGCAGCCCCAACUGCACCAUCUGCCGACCUUGCAUGAUGUCGGCGGCGCCGCAGACCAGCUGCCGCUGGACCACCAGCUGCAGCAGCAGCAGCUGCAGCAGCAGCAGCUGCAGCAGCAGCUGGAGCAGCAGCAGCUGCAGCAGCAGCAGCUCCACCAGCUGCAGCUGCAGCAGCUCGAGCAGCAGCAGCACGACAUGGUCUCCAUGUAUCAAGUUGCUGGGGGCGUGGACGUCUCUUCGGCGCUGCUGCUGCAGCAGCAGCUGCUGCUGCAGCAGCUGCUGCCCCCCCCGCCCCACCCGCAGCAGCUGGACCAGCAGCAGCAGCAAGACCUCGAGCAGCAGCAGCAGCGAACGGCGCUGCCCAAAGUUGUGGGCGUCCGCUUUGACAAAGUAAACAAAACUUGGAGGGCCAGUUGGUAUGACCCCCAAACGAAGCGGCGGGUGGAGCGGAAGUUCUCUGUAAACAAAUUGGGUUUUUACCAGGCCUACAGGCUGGCUACAGAGUGCCGGCAGCAGCAGGAGCAGCAGCUGGGGCUGCGGGACCGCAGCCUGCGGCGGACUCCAGCAGCAAGAAGUUUGGGGCCUUCGGACUUCGCCGUAAAACAAGAAACUCCCAGAACAGUG